GAUGGGCGUGAGCGCUGCCACUGUCACCAUGCUACGAUAGAGCUCGCUGCUCGCCUCAGAUAGUGUGCACUGCACAUAUAUAUUGGCUCUACCCCGGCCACCAAAGAAAAACACGCGCACCGAGCUCGAGCUGCACACUCUUCCCACUGCCACACCAGAGCGCCCUGUACUUGUUCUGUUCACGCCACGCACGCGAACGCCCGACGCUUCGAUGUGUGCAAGCGUCACGGCGGCGGCGGCGGCGCCAUGCUACGACGCGCCGGAGGGCGUGGACGUCCGGGGCCGGUACGACCCGGCGUUCGCGUCCGUCCUGACCCGCGACGCGCUGGCCUUCGUGGCGGCGCUCCAGCGCGAGUUCCGCGGCGCCGUCCGGUACGCCAUGGAGCAGCGGCGGGAGGCCCAGCGGCGGUACGACGCCGGCGAGCUGCCGCGGUUCGACCCGGCCACGAGGUCCGUCCGGGAGGGGGGAUGGAAGUGCGCGCCCGUGCCGCCGGCCGUCGCGGACCGCACCGUCGAGAUCACGGGCCCCGCCGAGCCCCGGAAGAUGGUCAUCAACGCGCUCAACUCCGGCGCCAAGGUCUUCAUGGCUGACUUCGAGGAUGCACUGUCGCCGACGUGGGAGAACCUGAUGCACGGGCAGGUGAACCUGCGGGACGCCGUGGCCGGCACCAUCAGCUUCCGCGACGCGGCGCGCGGCCGGGAGUACAAGCUCAACGACCGGACAGCCAAGCUCUUCGUCCGGCCCCGCGGUUGGCACCUCCCCGAGGCGCACGUCCUCAUCGACGGCGAGCCGGCCAUCGGUUGCCUCGUCGACUUCGGCCUCUACUUCUUCCACAACCACGCCGCCUUCCGCGCCGGCCAGGGCGCCGGGUUCGGCCCCUUCUUCUACCUCCCCAAGAUGGAGCACUCCAGGGAAGCGAGGAUAUGGAACGGCGUGUUCGAGAGGGCGGAGCAGGCGGCCGGGAUCGAGAGGGGAAGCAUACGGGCGACGGUGCUCGUGGAGACGCUGCCGGCAGCGUUCCAGAUGGACGAGAUCCUGUACGAGCUGCGCGACCACUCGGCGGGGCUCAACUGCGGCCGCUGGGACUACAUCUUCAGCUAUGUCAAGACGUUCCGCGCCCACCCGGACCGCCUCCUCCCCGACCGCGCCCUCGUCGGCAUGGCCCAGCACUUCAUGCGCUCCUACUCCCACCUCCUCAUCCGCACCUGCCACCGUCGCGGCGUCCACGCCAUGGGCGGCAUGGCGGCUCAGAUCCCGAUCAAGGACGACAGGACCUCAUCCAGCCGCCGCGGGGCGGGCGCACGGUGGACGGGCUGCGGCUCAACACCCGCGUGGGCGUGCAGUACCUCGCGGCGUGGCUGUCCCGGGUCGGGCUCCGUGCCGCUCUACAACCUGAUGGAGGACGCGGCCACCGCGGAGAUCAGCCGCGUCCAGAACUGGCAGUGGCUGCGGCACGGCGCGGAGCUGGACGCGGGCGGCGUCCCGGUGCGCGCCACGCCGGAGCUGCUGGCGCGCGUCCUCGAGGAGGAGAUGGCCAGGGUGGAGGCGGAGGUGGGCACCGAGAGGUUCCGGCAGGGGCGGUACGCCGAGGCCGGGAGGAUCUUCGGCCGGCAGUGCACCGCGCCGGAGCUGGACGACUUCCUGACGCUGGACGCGUAUAACCUCAUCGUCGUGCACCAUCCCGGAGCUAUCUAUAAGGCUGAAUAAAGCUUGAAGCUUGAUUGAUAUGAACAGGCAUUGUAAUGCUCACUGCAUAUUAUCUUCUUGUCAUGUACUAUGCUCACUGCAUUUACACUGAAACUGAAGAAGAUUCCUAAAGAUAUACCAAACGUGUGCAGUACACAGAAAGGUAGGAAGGGGAUGUUCUUGCCGAAUGAUUGUUGAGAAAAACAGAGUAACAUGAAGAGCACCAUGAACGCAAAGGUCCAGUUCAUAACACCUUUUCGAAGGCACCUUCCUUUCAUUCAUGCCUUUCCCUGUUCCGUCUCUAUCAAGUUUGAAGUACGCGUCAAACCUCAUGUCUCUAAAAUUGUUGCUUGUUCUUAAGCAACCAAUUUCGGUAAUCACUUAAGAUGUACAUACAAGUCUUCCUAAAUUGCGGAAUCUUGGCGGAACCACCA